GUUACUGUCAAAUGUCAAUAACAUUUCCCUUUCGACGACCUACAAGUUGGUAAAGGUCGAUCCUUUUGGUUUAAAUAAUAAAAUAAAAAACCGUCCCAAUUACCUGGACGGCUUAAAUAAAAUCAGAAAUGCUGCGAACGAUUUUAGUACGAAACCAAGUUUUGAACGAUAGCGUAAGGAAAGCUAUUCGGUGUAACAUAACGAGAUGUAUAAGCACAGAGUUGGCCAGAAGAAAACAGCCAAAAAAGCUUCUUAACCCAUCACAAAGGACUGUAGCGACCCCACUAUGGAGCAUCCAGAUGAGAUACUACUCAAGUCUACCAUCACAUGUAAAAGUCAACCUCCCUGCACUCUCUCCUACCAUGGAAAGUGGUUCUAUAGUCAGUUGGGAAAAGAAAGAGGGUGAUAAGCUAAGUGAAGGUGAUCUUUUAUGUGAGAUUGAGACAGAUAAAGCAACAAUGGGUUUUGAAACACCUGAGGAAGGGUAUCUGGCUAAAAUUCUCAUACCUGCUGGCACCAAAGGUGUUGCUGUAGGGAAACUACUUUGCAUCAUUGUUGAGAAUCAGGCUGAUGUUGCAGCAUUCAAAGACUUUAAGGAUGAUUCCACAGGAGCUCCGGCAAAACCAGCAGCAAAGAAACAAGCACCAGCAGCUGCAGCCCCACCAGCAGCACCAGCAGCGCCAGCACCGGCACCCGCGGCGCCCCGCCCCGCCGCUCCCGCCGCUGCCCCCGCACCCGCCCCAGCCGCCGCCCCCGCUGUAGACCAGCACGGCCGGAUCUAUGCCAGCCCCAUGGCCAGGCGACUUGCCGAACUCAAGAGCAUCAGGCUUGGUGGGCAGGGUUCAGGACUGUAUGGGUCACUAAAGAGUGGCGAUCUCGCAGCGGCAGCCGCGGCCCCCGCCCCUCUGCCCCCGCCGCCCGCGCCCGCCCCUGGAGCCACCUUCACGGACAUUCCACUCAGUGGUAUGAGGGAGACCAUCGCCAAGCGCCUGUCGGCCGCCAAACAGACCAUCCCUCACUACCAGCUGUGUGCGACGGUUAACGUGGAGAAGCUGCUGGCUAUGAGGAAGGAGGUUAACGAACGGUUGGCCGCAGAAAAAUCUAAUGUUAAGGUAUCUGUAAACGACUUCAUCUUGAAGGCUGUCGCAGCGGCUUGCAAGCGAGUACCCACUGUCAAUUCACAUUGGAUGGAAACGUUUAUUAGACAGUACUCAAACGUUGAUGUAAGCGUGGCAGUAGCGACGCCGACGGGGCUGAUCACGCCGAUCAUAUUCAACGCGGACUCGCGCGGCAUCCUCGACAUCUCCAGCAGCAUGAAGGAGCUCGCCAACAAGGCCAAGGAGGGCCGCCUGCAGCCGCAGGAGUACCAGGGCGGCACCGUCACUGUGUCCAACUUGGGCAUGUUUGGAAUCACAAUGUUUAAUGCGAUCAUCAACCCACCCCAGUCACUAAUUUUGGCAUGUGGAGGUCUCCAGGAGAUUGUCAUACCAGACAAAAAUGAACCACAGGGAUUCCGACUGGCGAAGUUCGUAACAUUCACAGCGUCCGCGGACCACAGAGUGAUCGACGGCGCGGUGGGCGCGCAGUGGAUGAAGGUGCUCAAAGAGAACCUCGAGAACCCCGCCAACAUCAUACUGUAAACCCGCAUUCAUCUUAUUUAUGUAGUACCGUUCAAACUUAUUGGCCGCUGAGAAGUUAGUCACAAAUCGAGUCGCAGUUACAGUAUUACGACUCUUAUAAGUCGAAUCGGCAUAAUUCGUUUAGUUUUGAUUGAAUUGAUUGUUUGGUCACUCAAAAUGGUUAAUUUUGACCAAACAAUCAAUUCACGCCCACUGACUUUUUGUCUUUGUCAUUUUUAUUGGAAUUACAUAACAGAUAGCCCUAUAUUAACUUCUCUCCGUGGAUACGGCAUAGUUAAUUUUAUUUUAGCUCACUGUUUCCGUGCUGUACUCUCAAGUCGAAAUUCACUUCUCAGGUGCCAAAAGAUUGAUUCGAACUAUACAUACUAUUGGUACAGUUGAAUUUGGAUAAGCGAGAAAUCUGAGUGAGAGUAAUGGGCAGGUUUCAGAAUUUUUAUAACCCAAAAUCUUUUUGAGUGAGAAAGAUAAACCUUAAGCAAGUGUCUUGUUUGGAUUAGAGAGAACACUUUUGCUCUACAGUGUACAAGCGAGUCUGUACUAAGUUAAAAAAAUAAAUCAUAUUCUUUUAUAUUUUUUAUGACAUAAGGAAAAUGCUAUUAUUAUAUACUUUAUGACAUAAAAAAUAAAAAGCAUUCAUAAUAGCUGCAGCGCGUGAGUGCAUCCAAGCGACCUUUUGUAUAGUUCUUUAGAACAUUGAAAUGAAAAAUUUAUAAUACCUACGCGGUCAAACAAUUAAAACAGACUAAUAAACGGCUUUUCUUAAGUAAAGUAAAAAGCUAAGUAGUAAGUAAAGCUUUUUCAUACUACCUCUAUAAAAAGAGAAAGCGCUUCUUUUUCAUCUUUUAAGCGAGAAACUGGACUAGUGAGAAACCUCUAUGAGCGAAUAUUCUUAUCCUUUGAACUAUGCUUAUCCUGGUUCGACUGUAUAUACAUUUUAAUUCGCUGAUUGAUAUUUCUAGUGAAAAAGGCUAAGGAGGUACAAGUACUACCACUUUUAUAAUUCGCAUCGGUAAGAUUCAUUCGCGCAGAAAAACGCAGCCUAAAGCCGCCUAAAACCGAAUGUAAACCAAUUGAAUACAAAUCUUAUUCUUCAGCGUUAAGAUUUCAAGUACAAGAACAUAAGCUUUCUCGCUCAUAAUUUGCGCGUACAAAGCAUGGCGCAUAGGCAACGACCAAUAGCAGACGGACGCGCGCUAUGAUUGGCUGAGAUAUUUUCGCGCCAUUCAAAAAUAAGAUAUCUGCGCAGGUACAUCAGUCUAACUUAAGUGAUAUUACUGUAGGUAGUACAAGAUACAGUGCCCGGCAAACAACUUGGGUAUUGAUGCGAUUGGCUACGCGAUUGGUUGAUCAGUCGGCGCGAGUGCACGCGAUUGGUUGAUACGUCGACUUUCGCUUACCGGAUUCGUCAACUUUCUCCCAUUACACUGCUUCAGGUCCAAGUUGUUUGCCGGGUACUGUAAUGCGGGUUGUGGACCAAAGCCCAAGUGCUAGCCUAAAAUGUUACUCUAAGGCCUGAGAUCUCAACAAACCUGACUUAUAAAGUAAAUUGAGAUUACUUCGCCAGCGUUUUGCUAUCGAGUAUAUUUUAAUCAGCAAAUUACAAUGAAUUAAAUUGAAGCUAUAAAUACCUGCCGUAUCCUUUGAUUCCAUUGUUUUUAUUUACGAACGACUCAUGUAUCUAGUUGUAUACACAUUUUUUGUACACUUUAACAUGUAAGGAUAUUAUAGGUACACAUUUUUAUACAGAAGACGUGAUAAUUUCGAAGGAUAUGCGGUAAAAUUAAGGGAUUAUUUAUUUAGUAUGUUUAAGUUAUGCAAUCAAAGAGUUCAAAUGUAUGAUUAUCACGAAGAAAAUACCUCAUAACCUAAAUACUACGUAAUCGUGUUUGGUGUUUGUGAGCGAUCUAUGAGAUCGAUUGGUGAUUUUUUAUCAUAAUUUAUUUGGACUAUGUGCUGGUCAAUUUUUUUUCUUUAAGAUAAAAAUGUAUGCUGCCAUAGAAAAAAAUUAACAAAACUUGACGAAGAUUCAUAAUUGUUAUUGUUACUUCUUUCCUGUUAUGUGAAAAUCAUCAUAACUUAUUGCAUUUUUAGUAGUUUUGUUUUAUUACUUUUGGAGUAGAGAUCUAUUUGAAUAUAUCAUUAUUUUUGUUGCUUUAUAUUGUUGAAUUAGUAUGGACCUUUGAGAAUCACUGGCUUAACAUUAUUUCGAUGUAAAUAAAUAAUUGUUACCAUCUAUACUGUUUGAUUUAAUGAUGCUAGAUGAUUUUAUGGACGUUAGUGAAUAUAUAUUAUUUAUAAAUAAAA